GCGCAUUAACUCGCUUGCCAUUAAGCUAGUUUGACGCGAUCCCCUUAAAACACCAUUUAGGGUUUAACGAGUCGGGACUUUUUGAGGUGGUCGAUGAGCGGGCCGUGGGCGCCGGACUUCUUUUGGAGAGAGGCGCAACGCCUUGGUUACGUGGCGAGAUCGGCUUUUAAGCUUCUUCAGAUGCAGAAGCAGUUCAAGUUAAUUGGUGCUGGGGCUUCUGUUCUUGAUCUUGGAUGUGCUCCUGGAGCGUGGCUUCAGGUAGCUUGUCGAAGCUUGGGUCCUUUGGAGAAGGGAGGGACAGUUGUGGGGAUUGACCUGAAGAAGGUGAAUGUUCCAUCUCAUCAUUGUGAUUCGAGAGUAAGAACCAUUUGUGCUGAUGUUAUGAAUCUGCGGAAGGAUCAAACUAGGAAUUUUUCUCCCCAGGGAAUGGGUUUCUCUGUGGUACUCUCUGAUAUGUGUCCCAUAGUUUCUGGAAUCACAACAAAAGAUGCUGCUCUGUCGUGCGAACUUGGUAAAAGAGCACUCUCUUUGGCUAUUGGCAAUUCACCGGGCAAAGUUAAUUUGGAGUUGCUUGACGGUUUUGAAGAUGAUAAAAGUGAUAAUGGUGUCCUUCGACGUGGUGGUAAUAUUGUAAUUAAGCUUCUGGAGAGUAAAGAUACAGAAGAUUUUGCGAAAUUUUGCAAGCAUAGGUUCAGAAAAGUGUCAUGGUUAAGGCCCAAGGCUACAAGAUCUUGCUCAAAAGAGAUUUAUUUGAUUUGCCAGGGAUUGUGUUAGCAUGGAUUUCCAGCAAAAAAAUUAGUAAAAUUUACUCCUUGUGCCCUUAGCAAAUUGUUAUAUUGUUCAGUCUACCAGGUUUUUCAACUGAUGCCCAAUGAGGGAGGGGGCAAUGGUGCAUGGAACGAGCACACUAACGCAAUCUAUUGUCGAAAUGAGAAAAAUAAAAUAAAAUAAAAUUG